AUGGAUUACCUAUCGUUACCACACUCCCAUGCCGCUGACCAACACAAUGCCCCACAAACCCCAGAAACGGAAGCGCAGCUCAACUCUCUGGAGCAGGGCACCCUGGAGGAUGUGGUUGGUCUGCUGCAGUCCUGCCAGUACCGCCUGCUGGAUCGCUCGGAGUGGGAGGCUGCCAAGAGCGAGGACUUCCUGCUCACGCUGCCGGUGAUCAUCAACUGGGCGGCGAUGGACACCCAGCUGCUGCGCUGCUACUGGCAGGCCCAUCCGCAGGCGCGGGCGGAGGUGCCGGAUGACCUGGCAGACCACGUGCUCAUCUUUCACCGGGGCGUUCAGGUGGCGCGCAUGCAGGGCCUGUACUAUGACCUCAAGAUCGAUGCGCUGCUGUCCUUCUACAUCCUGCAACCCCUGUGGGCCCUCCUCGUCCUCAUCGCUGGCUGGCUGGGGCUGUCCAAGCACCUCGGCGAGGCCCCGCCAGGCAUGGAGCAGAUGCCGGCAGACAUCACCCCCACCUCGGCCGCGUCGGCGGACGCCGCAGAGGCCUCCCUGAAGCAGGGGCAGCUGCACCCAAACACCAUUUCGGUGGAACGCAAGACAUUUGCCAGGGUGUUCAAGGACCCCAAGACCAUCUGGCAGGGCCUGUUCAAGAAGGUGCGGCUGCAGGAGGCCUGCUUCAAGGAUGUGGUGGUGCUCUACAGGAAAGCCCACCCUGGGCCGGCCCCCAGCGAGCUGGACAUCAUCAAUGACGAGGAGACCGAUAAGCUCACCGGGGCAGUGGCCUACUCAGCUCUCGCUCUGCUAGCCUCUCGUGCAUAUCAGAUGUACAGUGCCGCUCUGUUCAGGAAGACUGCCAUAGAGAGGCAGAUACAAAAGAUCCUGUUUGAGAGGAGCACCGCAGCUCAGGAGAAGGUGGUUGCCGCUCUGGUAGAUGAGAUGAACAAGCAACACACGCGGGAGCUCCUGAUCUGCUACUGCGUCUUGCUGGAGAGCAGCAAGCUCAUGACAGCCGAUGAGCUGGAUAGUCAAUGUGAGCAGUACUUGAGCAGGGAGUUUGGGCUCAAGGUGGACUUCACGUGCGAGAGCGCCCUGCCAACCCUGUUGGAGUGGGGUAUCAUUACCGAGGGCAGCACCGACGGAGCCCUCCAGGCUGUGCCCCUCAGCCAGGCCCUGCACUCUCUGGAUGCCGUCUGGGAUGGCCUCUUUGAGUUCAAGGUGUGGAGGCAAGGAGGCAAGGAGGCCGGUGUAAUUUUUGCAUCUCAGGAAUGCGGACACCCCUGUGUGAUGGAAGUCUUGCUUGGAAUCACGACGCACACCACCCUCCGCUACAUGCCUGGCAGAUGUGCCCGCACCGAAUGCUCCAUCAGUCAUGAUUCACAAAGCUUGCCCGUUUCCCCCAGGGUGGCAAGGUGGAGAAUCAGGCUGCGGGCUUGGUGGGCUUGUCAGCGCGCCUCAUCGGCCAGCAGACCGGGGGAGCUAGCGCUGGGCCUGGCACAGAUGCUGAGCAGGCCACCGAAAAGCAGGGCGCUGAGGGGUCGGGUGAGACCCGGCACCCUGUUGCUGUGA